GGAAAUUACGUCUGAUUGAAGCGUCGACAGGAAGUGUUUUAUUUUUCCGGCGACGGUGUGUUCCAAUUGCGUGGAGCAUAUUUCAGUGAAAGUGUGAAGGUACUGACUAUGGAUAGGAUACCGAGCACGUCUCAGUUGGUGGUCACUUGGCGCUGAUGGGGGACGAAAAGGACACCUGGAAAGUUAAAACACUGGACGAGAUUCUCCAAGAAAAAAAACGCAGAAAAGAGCUGGAAGAGAAGGCCGACCCCAAACGCCAGAAAGCUACGGAUGAACGGGACACCAAGCGGGACACUCUGGAGGAAGGAGAGCUGCGGGAUCACAGGAUGGAAAUAACGAUCCGUAACUCCCCUUACCUGCGGGAGGACUCCACGGAAGACAGAGGGGAAGAGGACGAGUCCCUCGCUAUCAAGCCCCCCCAGCAAAUGGCAAGAAAAGAGAAAUCGCACCACAGGAAAGAGGAGAGGAGAAAGGACAAGAGGCGUCGCCGCAGCCACUCGGCAGAAGGAGGAAAGCACAUUCGCUCGAAGGACAAGGACAAGGAGAAGGAGAGGGAGAACGAGCGCAGGAAGAGGCAGAGGGAGGAGCAGGACAAGGCCCGGCGGGACUGGGAGAGGCAGAAGCGCAGGGAGCUUGCCCGGGCCCACUCCCGCAUGGAGAGAGCAUCACUUACAGAGACGCAGCACACAACAAGGGGCCAUUUGCAGAGGGACCGCCUGGAACAGCUGGAGCGACAGAGGGAGCGGGAACGGAAGCUCCGCGAGCAGCAGCAGAAGGAGCAGAGGGAGCAGAAGGAGCGAGAGAGGAGGGCCGAGGAAAGGCGGAAAGAGAGGGAGGCGCGCAGAGAAGUGCCGUCCCACCACCGGGGGCAGCUGGACGACUACGGGGAGAAGCCCAAACAGAGCCACCGCAGCCGCAGCCCCCUCCGGCCCCCCCGCGAGAGCAAGCCCGAACAGGCCGAGCCCCGCCGCAUGGCGGUGCGGGAUGAGAAGCCUGAGGACAGGGACCUGCUCUCUGACCUGCAGGACAUCAGCGACAACGAGAGGAAGACCAGCACGGCAGAGUCUUCCUCAGGAUCAGGGUCAGGGUCUGAGGAAGAGGAGGAGGAGGAAGAGACCAGCAGCCAGAGCGAGGGAGAGGAGGAGGAGUCCGGCUCCAACUCGGCAGGCUCUGAACAGAGCGCAGAUGAAGUGAGUGAGGAAGAGCAGUCUGAGGAGUACGAAGAGGAGGCGGAGAACGGAAACCACAUUCCUCCCGUGCCCGAGUCGCGCUUCGAUCACGACACGGAGGACAGCGUGGAGGAGGAGGAGGAGCCCGAAGAGGUGGAGGAGGGCGAGCCCACGCCCCCGUCCCACUCGCGCUCCCCCACCCCGGAUGACAAGUACAUCCCGGAUUCGCCCGUCAUGUCCCCCGUGGAGCUGAAGAAGGAGCUGCCCAAAUACCUGCCUGCGCUCCAGGGGUGUCGCAGUGUGGAGGAGUUCCAGUGUUUGAACCGGAUAGAGGAAGGCACUUACGGGGUGGUGUACCGAGCCAAGGACAAAAAGACGGAUGAGAUUGUGGCCCUGAAGAGGCUGAAGAUGGAGAAGGAGAAAGAGGGCUUUCCCAUCACCUCCCUGAGAGAGAUCAACACCAUCCUGAAAGCGCAGCACCCCAACAUCGUCACAGUCAGGGAGAUUGUCGUUGGCAGUAACAUGGAUAAGAUCUACAUUGUGAUGAAUUACGUGGAGCAUGACCUGAAGAGCCUGAUGGAGACCAUGAAGCAGCCCUUUCUGCCAGGUGAGGUGAAGACCCUGAUGAUCCAGCUGCUUAGGGGAGUGCGCCAUCUCCAUGACAACUGGAUCCUCCACCGUGACCUGAAGACCUCCAACCUUCUGCUGAGCCACAAGGGCAUUCUGAAGGUGGGAGAUUUCGGCUUGGCCCGCGAGUACGGUUCCCCGCUCAAGCCCUACACGCCGGUGGUGGUGACGCUGUGGUACCGGUCCCCAGACCUGCUGCUCGGGGCCAAGGAGUACUCCACCGCUGUGGACAUGUGGUCCGUCGGCUGCAUAUUUGGAGAGCUCCUGACCCAGAAGCCUCUCUUCCCCGGAAAGUCCGAAAUUGACCAAAUAAACAAGAUUUUUAAGGAUUUGGGAUCGCCCAGUGAAAAGAUCUGGCCAGGUUACAACGAGCUGCCUGCAGUGAAGAAGAUGACCUUCACGGAGUACCCCUACAACAACCUGCGCAAGCGCUUUGGGGCGCUCCUGUCCGACCAGGGCUUCGACCUCAUGAACAAGUUCCUCACCUACUGUCCCAGCAAGAGGAUCACGGCAGAGGAGGCCCUGAAGCACGAGUAUUUUCGGGAGACCCCCCUGCCCAUCGACCCCUCCAUGUUCCCCACGUGGCCGGCCAAGAGCGAGCAGCAGAGAGUGAAACGGGGUACCAGCCCGCGCCCCCCAGAGGGCGGUCUGGGGUACAGCCAGCUGGGUGAUGACGACUUGAAGGACACGGGUUUUCAUCUGACCACCACAAACCAGGGAGCUUCCGCGGCCGGGCCGGGGUUCAGCCUCAAGUUCUGAUCCGGAUCCGGCCCCUUUAUUCCGGAUUUGGGAAUUUUGAGCAGACUGACUGGACAGAAAUGGAAUCUGCACAGAAACGCGGUUGCUCUGGCCCUAUCCCUCCCUUCCUCCCUCCCGCCCGCCCGCCCUCCAGCCCCGCCCACUCCCUGAGCAGUGGAGACUGGAACCCGUGUGUUCACGAGAACGUUGACCAAUCAGUGACCAGCACUCGCAGAGCCAUGCAGAUGGGAAGGAAUCCUACGCCUUGUUUUUGGGAGAGGGUGCGAGAGACCCUAUUCAGAGAGCACGAGGCGGAUUUAAACCGCCAUUUCUCCCCCUUCCCGCGGAAAGGCCCGGACUGGGAGGGGUGCUGGUCGGUUUGGCUCGCACACAGAUGCAAACUUUUGUUAUAAUGUCCGUGUUCCUCUCCUCCUUUUCGUGGGAAAUGUCCACCUGCUGGUUUCUACAUUUCAGUAGUACUCAGUACUUUAUAAUAUCACUGAAUUAAGGCUUUAUUUCUUGUGAAGAUAUAGUGGAAAAAUAAACAAAAAAGCAUUUGGGAUUAGUUAUUUUGCGUUAGUUAUUUUGUCCUUUUUUUUAAAGCUGUCAUUAGUGGGACUCUUCUGGAGAGUUCUAUGAUUUAGAUUUAUUCUUUUUUUGGCACAGAAAUAAAAUGGUUUUAUUCGGUAGGAUGGAGUCAGUUCGGGUUCGGCUAACUUCAGAGAAGGGCCUUUUUAAAAAAUAAAUAUAUACAUAAUUAAAACGUU